AUGGCUUUCACUCUCCAGCCUCACGAGGGACAUCUCCUCAGGAUCUUCCUUGUGCUGGUUUCCUUUCUGCUGGCUCCAGCAAGUCCAGCUGCCAUUGAACCACAUGUCAGAGUCUUUGCCAACAAAGAACCUGAAAGUCCUCGAAAGGCUCCUCCGUCCUUCUUGGACUUCCAAUCACAACACCAAAGGCGAGAUGGUUCAUGCCCGGUAUCCGGAGAUCAUUGGUGUGGCAACGACCUUCCUGGGGAUUUCUGUUGUUCCUCGCAGGCUGAUUGCAAGGUCCUUGCUGCGAACACAACCGCUUUAUGCUGCCCAAAGAACUCAAAAGGAGAGUGCGAGAUCAUUUUGCCCAUAACCUGCAACAUCGAGAGACAGAACCCAUCAACGAACCCAGAAGCUGAGGUCAAAACACUUGCACUAGAUCGGAAACUAAAACGCUGUGGUGCCAUGAAUGGUGCCAGGAGAUGCUGUCCUUUUGGAUAUAGUUGCAAAGACGAUAAGGAAUGCGUACUCGACAAAGACCAGGACGAAAGCUAUGCCUUCUUGCUCCCGGUUCCUGAAUAUACAUCGGCCAUAACUUCUGCUCCAACAUCCACAAUUACAUCCUCAUCAACUUCUGAUAUCUUGUCGGUCGAAACAUCAGAAGUACCUGACAGGGUUUUCCAACCGCCUUUUACCUCAGCUGAUCCUACGAGUUCAACUACAGAAUCAGCCACUCCAGAUGAUAAGGGAGAGGAGAAGAAGGGCAGCGGUAUAAGCCCAACAGGAGCGGUGACUGCAGGCACUGUUGCUGGCGUCUGCUGUCUGGUUGGAGUAGGCAUAUUUAUAUGGAUGAAAUGGUUCAGAAAGAAGGGAGAUCUGGCUCGUGGCCCUGAUGACAAGUUCAUUGUUACACCGACCACGGCCGGUUUCACACCCUCCUACCCACCGCUUGCUCCAAUUGUAGAGGAGAACCAAAGCCCCGUUGAGCUUCCCGCAACACCUGUAUCGCUCUGUAUGUGGUCGAACUUCGAAAAUGCUGCCGUUGAGGAGCCAAAGUUGGCUUAUGUCGUUCCAGCCAAACGGCAAUGA